AUGCUAAAUAAAAUCGGAUCUCAUUAUGAACGGCAAGAGAACUGGGUUGCCGAAGGAGGUUUUGGAAAUGAAACUGUGGUUGAUCGAGUUCCAGCAGAUAUGAUGCAUCUGAUCGAUCCUUCUUGGUAUCAAUUUCCUCCAAUGGAAUCAAUGUGGUACAAAUGGUUGGGUGUUACUAUUUUCUUCUUGGGAAUUUUGUCGGUCGUGGGUAAUGGAAUGGUGAUAUAUAUAUUUACCUGUACAAAAAAUCUUAGAACGCCUUCCAACUUACUGAUAGUUAACUUGGCGUUUUCUGAUUUCUGUUUGAUGUUCACCAUGUGUCCUGCAAUGGUUUGGAAUUGUUUUUACGAGACAUGGAUGUUUGGACCUUUUGCUUGCGAGUUGUAUGCUAUGUUUGGAUCACUAUUUGGGGUCACAUCAAUAUGGACAAUGGUUUUUAUAGCUUUAGAUCGUUAUAAUGUAAUAGUAAAGGGAUUAUCUGCAAAACCUAUGACAACCAAGUUAGCACUAUUACAAAUAUUUUGUAUAUAUCUGCAUGGUCUUUUCUGGACUUUAACCCCAUUUUUUGGAUGGAGCCGAUAUGUACCAGAAGCAAAUAUGACAGCAUGUGGCACUGAUUAUUUAACUCUGGCAUGGCACAGUCGUAGUUAUGUUUUGGUAUAUGCAAUAUUUGCAUAUUAUUUACCAUUGUUGGUCAUCAUUUAUGCAUACUAUUUCAUUGUGAAGGCAGUAGCAUCACAUGAGAAAUCUAUGAGAGAACAAGCAAAAAAAAUGAAUGUGUCUUCUCUGAGAUCCGGAGAUCAGAGCAAUACUAGUGCAGAAUUUAAGCUGGCUAAAGUGGCUUUAAUGACAAUUUCACUAUGGUUCAUGGCUUGGACACCAUAUAUGGUUAUCAACUUUGCUGGAAUAUUUCAAUUAAUGACAAUUGAUCCAUUAUUUACAAUCUGGGGAUCGGUUUUCGCUAAAGCCAAUGCUGUGUACAAUCCAAUAGUAUAUGCAAUUAGUCAUCCGAAAUAUAGAUUGGCAUUAGAUAAGAAGUUCCCAUGUCUUGUAUGUGGAAAAUUAGAAGAUGACAGGAGCGAUUCAAAAUCAGUAGCUUCUGCUCAAACAACUAUAUCCGAAGAUAAAGUCUAAGAAUCCAACUAACUUAAUCUCAUGGAAUAUGUUUAAUCAAACUAUCAAAGUCAUUUAUAUUGUUUAUAACAGUUAUACCUUUAUUUCAAUUUUCUACGUAUUUUCCUUAUCCAUUGGGAUUGAUUCUGUUUCAAAGCAGCCUCUAGCGUAUCUUUGAUAUGAACCAAGUUUAAUGGAUUUGUUUGUAGGAAUAAUGAUUCGGAAAUACCCUUUUUUUCUAAAUCUAAUUUCAAUGUAACAACUGGUACGGUUUGAUGUAAUAAAGAUCUGGAUCCCAUCUGUAUACAUAAUAUAUUAUGAUUAGUAGCAUCUA